AUGUCCGCGCUGUCCAGAGACGUUGAAAAGGGAGCUUGUCCCCAGAUUCGCGCCGUCCUUGGCGCUGCUCUCGCUUUCUCCCGACUAGGAUCCAGGAUGAAGUCUCAGGCUGCAGUGCUUGGCCUAGCUGCCCUUGCCGGCGUGUGCCGUGCAGAGAGGACCCCCGGCUGCAAUGCUGACAACUGCCUUCGCGCCCUUCGCAAUACGCACCGCCCGGGAGUCGCAGACUGCUCCGAGUACCUCAAGGUCGUUGUCACGCCUUCUCCAGUAACUCUCACGCAAGUCGUCACUGCCUCCACUACACCUACGGUCCAGGUGUUUGUGACCGACACCGCAACUCUGCACCAGUCCCUGACGUCCUUCACGACCGUCACGACCCAGGUUGCUCCCACCGUGGUCCCUGGGAAGCGUGACCUCGAGCUCCCUGCCUACGCGUCGCCCUGUUCCGGUGCCGUCCGCUAUAGCAGCGCUUGCUCCUGCCUGGGCGUGUCUGCUUGGACUUACACGGCAGCGAUCCCUACGUCCACGCAGACUGUCACCCAGCUCGUGACGCCGACCAUCGCGACCCAGAUCAUCACUGCCGCGACCGAGACAACCACCGCCACGGACAAUAUCUUGGCCACCACCACCAAGACCGUCGAGACCAUCCCAAGCCCAACCCCUUUCUGGGGACCCUACCUCCUCCAAGCCUACCAGGCCGCUGCUCCCUUGACUGACACUUACGUCCGGGCCGAGCUGGAUGGUCGUGUCAAUGGCGGUGCCGAGUACGUACCUGCCAGCCAGUUCCGGGCCUCCGCGGACGGCUAUCUGUCCGUCCAGCUGAAGAACCUGUGGCUCUUCUACGACGCCAACGUGGCCGGCGGCUACUCCCUCUUGUCUGCGCAUGUCUGGGAGGCUGGCAUCGCAGCAGGUCUGACCCCGCUCCGGACGACAAACUCUGACCUGAGCAACAACGCGGCCCAGCACCUGCUCAAGCCCGACACACAGUAUGGUUUCGAGCGCAUCGAGGCCUGCGAGGGAUCGGACAAGCCCUUGGCCAUCUUUAGGCAAGGCUCAACCGAGAAUUGUGGCAUGGCCCUUACUUUCAACAUGGUUCUGGACUCUGGGUACCACACGCGUCGCAGAGCCUUGUAG